AUGCCUUCCGCCGAUGAGCCUUCUUCAUCCCGCACCAAUGGUUCCAGCUCACGCUCAGACCAGCUCGCACAUUACAAAUCACAAUAUGAGCAACUUGAAUCUGAGUUGGCGGACUUUCAGGCUUCCAGCCGCGAACUGGAGGCGGAGUUAGAGAAGGAGAUUGAGGCAUCUGAGAAGCGCGAGCGGCAGUUGAAGGAGAAGGUGGAUAAUCUGAGAUAUGAAGUCGAUGAAUGGAAGUCCAAGUACAAACAGUCCAAGUCGGAAGCGAAUAGUGCCCAAAACACCCUGCAGAAGGAAAUCACCUCGCUGCGAGACGCAAACCGGACACUACAGCUGAAGAUACGAGAUAUUGAGGUUGCAAAUGAUGACUAUGAACGUCAGGCGCGUCAUACGACUUCGUCCCUGGAGGAUCUGGAGUCCAAGUUUAAUAUGGCUAUUGAGAGGGGCGUGCUGUUGGAAGAGGAGAUCAAAGCUGGUGAACAGGAGCGUGAGGAUCUGCGGAUACAGAAUCAGCGACUCCGCGACGAACUGAACGAGCAAAAGAUUGAAACCGAGAUCAUCCAAGAGAAGCUCCGAAACGGUGGCCGUCGUCGCCGCCCAGCGCCUUUGAGUCGCAGCCCAUCGACACCGCAUACCCCAGAGAUCUUCGAUCGCUCUCCUGGAGCUUCGACUGUAUCUUCACCUUUGUUUACCACUCCACCAACGAAAUUGUCGCUAGCGCUGGCUUCUGCUACUGCGACACCUCCAUCACCUCCCAUAUCAGAGACGUCCAGCAGCAUGCGCAAGUCAUUGACGGCGACGCCCGGAUUCCCCCUUCAGAAGGCUGCCGCUCCCGAUUUUUCUCGGUCAUUGUAUGGGCCCCGGACGCAGCGAUUUGCGGCACAUUCUCGAGCUACUUCUUUUGCGUUUAGCACCGGCCGCUCAACCUCGUCCGUUACCUCUCGUCCUAGCCUACCCAAGCAGAACAACACGACAAACACCAACAACGUUGCGAGCCGUCCUUCUGGUAUACCCAAAUCAGGGUCAUUAUACCAGAUUCGCGGUCUUAUUGGCAAGAUGCAAAAGCUGGAAGAGAGGGUUCAGUCUGCAAAAUCCAAGCUACCCCCUCCUUCAGAAACCGCGUCGCGGGCCUCGUCCCGUGCGAACUCCGUUAUCGGUGACAGUCCCGUUACAUCAGCUCUGUCCAUGCGACGGGACCAACGCAAGCGCAUGAGCGGUAGCAGCUUCAGUUCAUCCAUCAACCAGGGGGAAGGGACCCCUUCUUACGUUACAUCCAGUCGGCCGUCCUAUGGAACGAGAAGCAAAGGCGAUAGCCGACCUAGCAGUCGCACCAGUUUCUCUAGUUCCUUCAGCCACAGCACUCAUCCGAGUGUCGCGGCCUCAAACCGCCCUGAAAGUCGCCAGAGCCGCACAAAGACACCUCUAGGUCACUAUUCCACCAACCCCACCACCGAAAGCCGGCGGCCACGAUCGUCGCUCAGCAACCCCGCAGGACAAUCUACGCCCGUCAACGGCAUGUCGUACAUUGAUGAGGACGAAGAUCUGGCGGAGCAACUGUCUGUACGUGCGAAGAUUAGUGAAACGCAGCCUCGCCCUACCCGCCUCCCGUCGUUCUCCACACCCACUGGCCUCAAAAAGCGAGCGACUAGCGGCGUCUCGGGAAUCCCGGCGCCUCGAAGCUUACGCCGGGAGAACACCAUGGGGCCACCCACCACGAAAGCUAAAGCCGGCGAUUUGGGCGAAACAUUUUAA